AUGAAAUCGAUGGUGGUGUUGUUCGCUCUCGCCGCAGUGGCUUGCGGCUCCUACUUGCCGGUGGCUCAGCCCCCGCACCACCCGGCACUAGUACUGGACCCCCACGGCCGCCCGCUGGACACCGCUGAAGUCAUCAACGCUCGUGCCAUCCAUCUGCAAGCUAAGGCCCUGGAAGGACACUACGCUCCUCUCGCUCACUCCGUGGUGGCUCCCGUAGCCCACUCUGUCGUCGCUCCCGUGGCCCACUCCGUCGUCGCCCCCGCUGCUGUGUCCCACCAGUCUCGCGUUGAUAUCCACUCCAGCCCCGCCGUGGUUUCUCACGCCGUUGCCGCCCCAGUGCUCGCUCACUCCGCUUACGCCGCCCCUGUCUUGGGCCAUGCUGCUUACGGACUCGGUCUCGGUCACGGACACGGACACUUCCUGAAGAAGCGCUCUCUGGGACACUACGCUUACAGCGCUCCCCUCGUCGCGCCCUCUGCCGUGUCCCACCAGUCUCGCGUAGAUGUUAUCUCUAGCCCCGCAGUGGUGUCCCACGCUGUCGCCGCCCCAGUUGUGUCCCACGCCGUCGCUCCCGUCGUUGCUGUGGCUCCUUCUGCAGUGUCACACCAGUCCCGUGUGGAUGUCCGCAGCAGCCCCGCCGUUGUCGCCCACAGCGUGGCGGCCCCCGUCGCGCACAGCGUGUACGCCGCUGCCCCCUUGGCCCACAGCGUGUACGCCGCUGCCCCCUUGGCCCACAGCGUGUACGCCGCUGCCCCCUUGGCCCACAGCGUCUAUGCCGCUGCCCCCUUGGCGCAUUCCGGAUACGGCUACCACUCCAGUCCCCUAGUCCAUUCCUGGUGA